UUGGCAGGCGGAGGCCAGAGAGCAGCAGAGGAGAGGAGAGAGAGAGUUGGGUGGAGAGGGAGGGAGAGAGAGGAGUUAAUAGUAUCCCAUCGUUCACACGCCACGGCAUCAUUGACGCCUCCAGUCCUCGUCGCCGUCGUCCUCCUCCCUCCACGUUUAAUCCCCUCACCAACCGCUUCUUCCUUCCUUGGUGGUAGCAGCAGCAGCACAGCACUGCUAGCUGGUUGCUUCCCGCUGCUUUCUCGUGGUGCGGUGCAUGGGAACACGGCUCUGAGAGAGAAGGAAGAGAGAUAGAGAGGGGCCGGCCGGGGAGGGGGAAGGACGAAGAUGAAGUUCAUGAAGCUGGGCUCCAAGCCGGACGCCUUCCAGUCCGAUGGCGCCAACGUCCGAUAUGUGGUCUCUGACCUUGCAACAGAUGUUGUCGUGCAUGUUGAGGAAGUGAAAUUUUACUUACACAAGUUUCCCCUUCUGUCCAAGAGCAGCAAGCUUCAAAGAUUAGUUCUUAAGGCCACUGAGGUGGGGACUGAUGAGUUUCACAUCCAUGACCUUCCUGGGGGAGCAGAAAUAUUUGAAAUAUGUGCAAAGUUCUGCUAUGGGAUGGUUGUCACCCUCAGUCCGCACAAUGUUGUCGCAACAAGAUGCGCAGCGGAGUACCUUGAAAUGACUGAAGAUAUGGAAAAGGGAAACUUGAUAUUUAAAAUCGAGGUCUUUAUAAAUUCUAGCAUCCUUCGUAGCUGGAAAGAUUCCAUCAUUGUUCUACAGAGCACAAAGGCACUGUUACCUUGGUCUGAAGAGCUGAAGGUUGUGGGUAGAUGUAUCGAUGCCAUUGCUUCAAAGACAUCUGUGGAUCCUGCCAAUGUAACCUGGUCAUACAGUCAUAAUAGCAAGAAAGGAGUAGCUUGUGCUGAAAUAGUCGAGUCAACAAGAAAAACAUCAAUAGCUCCCAAAGACUGGUGGGUUGAGGACUUGUGUGAAUUGGCUGUUGACCUCUAUAAGAGAGUUAUGGUUGCUAUCAAAUCUAAGGGGAGAAUGUCACCUGAAUUGAUAGGAGAGGCCCUUAAAUCCUAUGCAGUUAGAUGGCUGCCAGAUUCCUACGAUGCUUUGGUGUCUGAGGAUUACAUGAGAAGGAAUCAAUGUUUGGUCGAAACGAUAAUAUGGUUGUUGCCGUCUGAUAAGAGCUCGGGUUGUUCUUGCAGAUUUCUCUUGAAACUGUUGAAAGUUGCUAUAUUAGUUGGAGCUGGGGAGCAUGUGAAAGAAGAACUUAUGAGAAGGGUUAGUUUCCAGUUGCACAAAGCUACUGUUAAGGAUCUCUUAUUACCUGCUACUUCACCUAAUGAUGGUUCAUAUGAUGUCCGGUUGGUCCAUAAUCUUGUCCAGAGAUUUAUUGCGAGAACCGCAUUGUCUCAUAAUGGUGAUUUUGUCGAGAAAUCUGAUGAAAAGAUGAUUGAGCUUAACUUUGAACAAGAAUCCACUUUGUCGUUAGGAGAACUUGUUGAUGGCUAUCUGUCUGAAGUAGCUUCAGAUCCAGACCUUUCAUUGUCUACGUUUGUUGAACUAGCGACAGCCAUGCCAGAAGCAGCUAGACCUGUUCAUGACAGCCUGUACAAUGCAGUUGAUGCAUAUCUCAAGGAACAUCCAGACAUAAGUAAAGCUGAAAAGAAGAAGAUUUGCAGUCUGAUAGAUGUCAAGAAGCUCUCCAUAGAUGCAUCUAUGCAUGCCACACAAAACGACCGCCUGCCUCUCCGGUUGGUGGUGCAGGUCCUCUUCUUCCAGCAGCUGAGGGCAGGCUCAGACAAAGAACUUGCUCUGACCGAUGAUGGAGCACAUGCUUGUGCAAGGCCUAUGCAGGAUCAAUGUGACCCUUGCGAAACACGGAUACCGAGGCAUCCAAACUCGCUGAAUAAGCAGGUGACAAACCUGAGCGCAAGGGAAAGCGAACACCGGAUCAGCGAGCACAGGGGCAGGAGAAACAGCUUCAAGGACCAACUCGGAGGUCUCCUGCUGCAGUCGCGGUCCAGGAGGAUAUUCGACAAGCUGUGGAGCAGCAAGGGGCAGGGAGAAAACGGCAAAGGUUCGGAGACGUCUGGCAGCUCGCAGAGCCCGCCAUUGUCGGCGAAGCCUGUGGAAGUGAAGCCCUCUCCUCUUCCCCCUCUUAGGAACAGGAGGUACUCUGUUUCAUAGGGCCCUUCUCACUUUUUUGCUCUCCUAGUUUAGCUCUGGGUUAGGUUGUACAGAAGAAGGAAGGUAAACAGCUGCUGCUCAUCCUUUUUUGUUUGCUCCUUGCUCUAUCAAUGAAGAGGAAGCAGAUCAAGAUGCCGUUCUCUAUGUAAAAUCAUCCACGCUGUAGCUUUACUGUAGGGUAAUUUCAACUGGAGCAAAAAUUUGCCAGGAUCUUCUUUCUUGAAAAUGUUUCUUAAGUGAGCAACUAAAGGUAAAGAAGUAGACGAUAUCUGUGUUUAAACACAUACUGCUGUUUAGAUCAGAACACUGGAUUGCGAAAGACAAAUGGAUUUCAUGUU